UUUUUUUAUUGCGCAUGAUUGUGCAUCUGUCAUGGUAUUUAAUAGUUAAAAGAAUAUUAUAUUUUAAUCUGUGUUAUAAGUAAAAAUAUGGCUAAGUCAAUGGAAUCAGUUUUAAAAUCUUUCGAGGAUCAAAUUAAUGAAGAAACAUUAUCUUAUUACUAUCCAAACAUGUGCCACAUUUGUCUUUGUUUCGGUGAAAAAGUCAACUUAAAAAAAUGCAGUGCUUGCUAUAUGAUUUCAUAUUGCAGUAAAGAACACCAGAAACAAGAUUGGAUGAAUCAUAAGGAAUUUUGCAAAGUUUUGUGUCUAAUUAAGGAGGAAUGGAAAGUUGAUAAUCUAUUUGAAUCAUUGAAAGCGAACACUGAGAAAGAAAGAAUGGCUGUUUUCAAAGAAGUUGAAGAUGAUGGGAAAGGCGACAUGUUAGUAAAGCAGCUGGUGACAAAAGCAACUACACUGAUGAAGAGAAAGUUAAAACCUCGGGAAUCCAAUAUGAUCCAAUUUCCAAGAAUUUGCUCAAUUUGUUUUGAAAGUAGAGAAAAACUUCUUGUAAAUUGCAAGAAAUGCCCUCAAGCGACAUUUUGCAAGGAACACUUAAACAAUUCUGCUCAUGAAGAGGAAUGUCAUAAAUUUAUCCUCAAUUCCAUUUUUAAACCGAUGAUAGUUUUAGAAACGGCAAUAACAGUAAAAUUGUGUGCGGAAAUAAAAGUUGACAAACUACCUUCAACAAUGAUGAAAUUUAUAGAGACUUACAUAACAAAGAAUUCAUUUGAUUCCAAAGAAGCAGAGUUAUUGAAUUUUGUAUUAUCAGAAAAAUAUUCCAGACCACUGUCAAUAAUUUUCGCAAUGGAGAAAUUAGACUUUCCUAAAAUGUCAGAAAAUUUAGUGAUUCACGUUGUAGGCGCCUCUGUGGAAGAGGAAGUGUAUAACGAGUGGGAAUUAUUUUUGCACUAUUUUAAAUCUGUGCAAAAACUUUCGGUGAUUCUCAUUGGAAACGAUUUAUGGCUUCUUUCAAAGGAAAAGGAAGAUCUUUGCGAAUCCUGCAAAAAAGAAAACAAGGAAAUAAUAAUUGAAUCGCAUCAUACAGUAUAUGAUGAGUACUGUCGACAAUCGAAUUUUAAAAAACCGGAUAUUAUCGCUUGCCUCAAUGUUGGUUUUCAUUUUUAUCCUACUUGGGAAAAAUCUAUUAAAGUGUUGAACAAAGGACAGUGUCCUUUAGUAGUCACAGCCUUUUCCAAAGCUGAAGGUCUUAGGGACGAACAAAUUGUCAAAUCAAUAUUUCCUGCGUCAAAUUGUGUCUUCAGUGAUUACAAUCCUUAUGAAAGUUCUUUUUAUGCAAGAAAGAAAAUUGGGAUACCUUUAAUUUCCGCUAAUCAAUUUAUUUCUGUCUAUAAACAACUCAGUUCAGAAAAUACAUCUAAGUGAUAUUUUACGUUAUUCAAGCAAAUAAUUAUGCAAUAUUGCAGUAGGAAUACUUUUUUUGACAGUACAAAAUAUUCGUUCUUCAUGUAGACAAUUUGCAGCAGAGCUGUAAAUAUUAAUUUUUUAAACAAUAUGUUACAAAGUAAUUCAGUGUUUUAUUAUAAAUGUUUUUGAAAUAAAUAAAGUGUAAGAUUAAUAAAUAAAGAAUUUUGAAAUUCA